GAUAAAACGAAUUUUCAGAUAAAACGAAUUUUUCAGAUAUAAUAAAAAAGUAAAUGGCAAUCACAACUGAGAUUAAAGAACAUGAAGAUAAAACUACAAAAAUAGAGGGGGAGAUAAAAAAGUGGUUGGAGAAAAUAUCAAAAACUUUGGAUUUUAUCUACAAUAACGAACCUGAGGAACUUUCUGUAUCUGACGCCCUUUCCGGAAAUCCUAAAUUUAAGGUUUGUGACCCGUAUGGUGCUGUGUAUGAACCUCCGUUAAAAGACAAGAUUGAAUAUAUAGAAAACUGUUCCAGGCCGGAGAAACUUUACGGACAGACCUAUAUAAAACUGAAGAACGGAGAGGAGAUCCAAGCUUUCUGGAGAGGAGGGAGAAGAGAAGGAUGGGGAACCAUCCUGGGACCAAGGUUUGAACAGUUCGGAGUAACCCAUCUGACUGGAGAAUACAAGGACGGAAUAUUGUCCGGGCGUGGGAAGAUUUUCAUGCUAAAUGCAUCUUUAAGAGAGGGUUGGUUCCAACAUGGAUACUUUCAUGGUCCUGCCAGAGGAGUAACACUGGAUGGAAAUCUAGAUUAUAUUGGUUGGUAUAGAGCUGGAACUCCUGCAGGGUUCACCUGGAAGAAAAUACGUGGAGAUGGCUGGCUUGUCGGUAACCUGGAUAGUACUGGACAGUUUACAGGAACUGAUAUUGCUUAUCUCUUCCCCGAUCUCAAAACUGCUCUGCUGGGAGAAUUUAUCCAAGGUGAACUAGUAUCUGCGCAUCCUGCUGAAAUAAACGGUUUCAAAUACAUCAAUGAUGUCUUGGUUCCAUCCUUUGAGUCAACAUCAGAUAAGAUUUACAAAAGAUGGAUAUCCACAAACAAGGAUUUUAGCUGUCCAUAUCACCUAGUUGACCCAUACGAAUCCAAGGUUGUUACGGUCAAGGCAUCAGGGAUGGAAGGGGCAGGGGAAGGACUCUUUGCCAAAGUUGAUAUUGAUGCUGGAACUAUAGUGAGCUACUAUAACGGACUAAGGCUCUGUGUUGGUGAAAGUAUUGAUGGGGAACUGGAUGAGACCGGAUAUGCAAUAUACCUUGAAUCUAAUCUAAGGAAGGAUAAAGAUGCGAAACAUCUAGAUAUACCAACUAAGUAUCAGAGCUGUAAAACCUACACCGCCUCAUUAGCACACAAACUAAACCAUAGUUUUAAUCCAAACUGUGCAUGGGAUAAUGCAGAACAUCCUGUACAUGGACUUGUACCAGCUGUCAGGACCCUUAAACCUGUUCAAGCUGGUGAUGAGCUAACUAUCCACUAUAACCUGGAUAUGGAGAAAGCUUCUGAAUGGUAUAAAGACGAAUGGGAGAGACACAGUCUUCUUUAUCUCUAAAUCUCGGAUUCUAAGAUACAGGGUGUCCCAUAAAAUAUGACGGUUUAGGGACGACUAAAAGGUCGUCGUUUAUCGAAAAAAAAUCGCACUUUAUUAAAAGCUUUAAUACAAAUGUUGUCAUUUAACAGCUACCAUGGAUUGAAGACGACCUUCGUGUCGUCCUUCAAAUGUCAUGUUUAUUGAGACACCCUGUAUAAAAUAUUUUGAUGAAGGAACAUGUUUUAGUUUUAACUUUUGUGAUAAUCAUUUAAUAACAAUAUAAAAGAAAGAACACCUUUUCUAAACUAUAGAUAAUUAUGAUAAAAAUGUUAAUCUCUGGUCGGUAUUUACAAUAAUUAUGAAAAUA